GACUUUGGUUUUUGGCCGGCGAACGACAAAAACCAAAAUUAGUCCAAUCUGAAUAAUUAAACCCAACCAAUUAGAAACUAAUCAAAUUCCAAAACUAAACACCCACCAACUCCAACAAAAGCCAUUCCCCCCAUAAGCAACCCUCCUCAUUUCUUUCUUUCUUUCUUUCUUGCCCCAUCUCCGUGUUCCUAACGGAAAUUUGGAAAGCUUAAUACCGUUGGCAAUGAGGGAGGAGCGGUACGCUCUAAAGUACAAACUCUGGGGAACCAGUUUUAUGUAGUACCCAUUUUGUUUCAUUCUGUCAUUUUCAGCAGUGUGAGUCAAUGCCAGAGGUGGGAUUCUCUUAAUUGUUUGUUUUUCGAGUAAUAAGCUCACGGGACUUCCAUGCUUGCGUUGUUGCAGGAAUCAUUGCAGAGGGAGAGGGAAGCAAGAACAAUCCUGAGAUUUCUUAGAGAACAAAUGGACGGUGUAGAUAGGGAAAGGAGGAGAUGGAGGAGUUUCAAGGAACGGCUAGGAUUUAAAGUCAUGGGUUGUUGUGGGACCGCAUGGGGUUUUGGGUCAACCGAAAUGAGCGUCACGGACGACGGUAUUGUUGGAGCUGAAGGACGAGUAGACCCAGGUCACAACCCGGAUCCAGGUUGCAUUAACCCGGCUCCCGUUUCGUCGGGCAUGAAUCUGGCGGAGGCUUUAGCAGCGGAGCGACAUUUUCGGGCAGUGCCGGCACGGGAGGGAGGUGACGUGGGGAUUAGAGCGCCAGGGACGCCGAUUAGGGUGUCGUUGAUGAGGCUGUUGGAGGAGGAAGAAGAGGAGGGGAAAGGUGGCGCGCAGAUUGGGAAUGAUUCAACGUGCUGCGUGUGCAUGGGGAGGAAGAAAGGUGCGGCGUUUAUCCCAUGUGGACACACUUUUUGCAGGAUGUGUUCGAGGGAACUGUGGUUGAAUCGAGGGCGUUGUCCCCUCUGCAACCGUUCAAUCCUCGAGAUUCUUGACAUUUUCUAAGUCGUGUAUUAUCAUGAUGAUGGUGACUGGGUGAUCAGACACUGAUCAACGACGACGAUGGUGCUAGUGCCUCGAGAUCAGAUGUCAUGCAAGGCUAAGGCUGACCAAGGGGGAAUUUCACUUUUACUCUAGGAAUGGGGCAUAUUAUAUUAUAUGAUGUGAAAUAUAUUCUAUUCUACUACUAUUUUAUUACUUAAAAGUUGACUUGAAAGUUUUAAGUUUUAUUAUAACUGCCAUUAUUCAUUUCCCAAUUUAUAUUUUAUGUAUAUAACAAUUACGGCUUAAUUUUAAUUUCCGCUUGCUAAAUAUUUAGCAGUGAAAA